GACAUUUACGUUAAAAUGUCAAAUUUGUUAAUAAAAAAAUAGCCAUUAGAGCACAUACGUGUUACAUAACGGUUGUUUGUUAUUUGUUGUUCCGUUGUGCAGUAAACAUGACGAAAGUAUGUCGUUUGUGCCUCCAGAGGUUACAAAGAGGUUCAAAAUACUUCAAUAUUAAUGCCGUGGAGUCGUUCACUGGUUUUAUGCCAUACAGAGAUCAACUAACCACCUGCAUUCCAGAAAUGGCUCUGGAUCUCAUUCCGAACCCAGUAAUAUGCAAUGCUUGUCGUACCGCAUUGAAAUCUGCGUACGAAUUCAAAUCGCGAUGCCUACUGGUGGAAAAAAAAAUCAGAGAGUACGUUGAAAGUCAACCCUCUGACAAAGUGAACUAUGAACUCUCGCAAAUAUCUAUCUCGGAUUUACCACCCGUACCUAAAUCGCCUCCUAAAGAACUUCCAGAAAAGGAGACGACCCACACACCUACACCAAAUGAUUCCGAGUUACUCCUGCAGUUACAAAAGGAAGUUAUACUGCCCACCACUGGUGAGAUUGAAAUAACAAAUGUAACAACUAGUGUGGUGAGGGCACCAAGGAAAAAAAUCCAUUCAGAGGUGAAAGAUGGACCCCACACUUGCGGAAGGUGCGGCAUAAAUUUUCCAGACGUCGGGAAGCUCGUCCUGCACAAGACGGUGCACGGGGAGGAAUUCGUUUGCAACUUCUGCAACAGGAGUUUCAAGAGCCUGCAGUAUUUAAGGAAGCAUAACAACAUGUGUUCAAAAAUUAAAAACAAAACCGAAGUAAACCCUAUCUUAACCAAAAGACCUCACCUUCCAACGAAAGCGAAAAAUCACCUAAAACGAUGGCUGUUUCGACACACAGACCACCCCUACCCGACGGAUCAUGAGAAGCAAAUCCUAAUGCAGGAAACGAACCUGUCGCUACUCCAAGUCGAAAACUGGUUCAUAAACGCGAGACGGCGCAUCCUCCAAGACCUGACAAAGUUGAAGAAGCACGGCGCGAAAUGCGGUAUGUAUCAACUUGAACGGAAAGCGCGAAAGCAGCAAUUUUUAACAGAUUGUUACCUCGCAGAGGAUAUUGGUGAGGAUGUGCUAGAUUUGCACACCGAAAUGGAUUUGGACGAGUUGCCCGCCUCGCGUACCUCUCCGAUUGCUGAUACCUCGACAUCACCUUCGCCGUCGGAAGGGGAGACCGCGGCGGCUUGUCUUUUAAAAGCGGAGGAAGCGCCUGUGGAUCCCCUUUUCACACCAGUCGAUAUAAUGGUCAUUAAGAAAGAGAUUAUGGACGAUCGGUAACUAAAAUAAGUUUUAAGCCCAGAGGAACGACUGAUUUUUUUUAUUGUAUAUAUUUUAUUUUAUCAACAUUUUAAACAAAUGUUUUUAUCGAACUUUUGUAGACAAAGUACGGUUUUAAGUUGAAGAUAUACAAGUAUAUGUAAAGUGGUGUAUUAUGAUACAAAUUUGUAAAGAAUUAAUAUGUGUACUAUUAAAUUCCAAAUUUUGAUCAAGAAUAGCAGUGUUUUAGCAUGUAGUUUGGAAAAUAUUUCCAAAAAUUUUCUUUAGAAGAAAAUAUUAACUGUGAACUUGGCAGCGGUACUAUUUUUACGUUGUUUUUCAGGAUGAAAUUGGCUUUUUUUUAUUAUUAAAACGCGUUUUUUUUGUACAGUAAAUGUAAAAAUAUUCUCCUUUCGUGAUAGAAUGGGUUUCUUUUUAUAACAGAGUAACAGAAAAAAAAAUGUAUACACAGUAAUUUUUUUGAGCGUUUGAAUGUGAAAAUUAAAGAAAAACAAUCUACUAAAUCAAAGUAAAUCUACGAUAAAUUUGAACGUUAGAAGACAUAUUUCACGGGGAAACCAUUUAUGGCUUUAUAAUUAAAAUAUUUAUACAAAAUCAGUGACAAUGGUACAAAAGCAUUUUUAGUCAAAAUUAUGUGCCAUCACUGUAACACGCCAUCUUUUUUUGACAAUCUACUAAAGUAACUCUGCGUCCAAGUUUAUCAAUGGAUUGAUAUCUUACCAGUUGUGGCCCGUAAUGAGCAUUACGUUAAUAAAGAAGGGUUGCUGCACCCUCCGGCGUUAGUAUUAGUGGCAUUGUUAUCACAUUAAUUUUAAAAGUAAAAAUAUUUGUACAUUU